CUGGGCUCGACAUCAUCCAUACAGGCAUCGCUUUCUCAUCCACUCCUGUCCUUUUGUUGGCUUCGUUGCACAACAUUUCACGCCUUUCUACCUGCACAUCUGAUUGCCUAAUCUCUCCGGAGUGUCCAGCUCAAAUAUGCAAUCCUGACGGCACGCUCGGAAGGUUCACAUGCUCUUGUGCUCACCACAACUCACCUUGGGUCCAAUCUCCCAUCUCGAUCGUGCCACGAAGCCUUGCAGCCUCUCCAUUCAGAACUGGUAGACAACAUUUCGGUAUCAACGUCGCCGCUGCAAUUCCUCCGAGCCUCAGUUUUUGCUCGAGUCGCCUCUCUCGCGGACUGGACACCCUUCACGUCCGUCGACGAUGGAUCCCUAUAACAACCCCGAUCUUGACCCGCUGCGGUCGUCCUAUGCCUCUAGCUCUACAAACACACCCUUCCGUCUCGACGAAGGCUUUUCAGAAGAUGCCUCGAGUCAGGACGAGAAUGGGCGCCACAUGUUUGCAGCCAUGGCUGCUCGAUUCCAAGAAUGGGUUAUGGCUCAAAAUGAAGAUGCUCGAGCAGAGAUUGCAUACGAAGUGUUGCGCACACUCAGGACCUCAAACAUUGCAGCAGUAGUCGACAGAUUGACGCCACUUCUACACAUCGAUCCUGUUGAAAAGCUCCCUGCCGAGAUUACUGGGUUGAUCUUUUCAUACCUUGAUGCCAACACCCUGUUGACUGCGUCACUUGCAUCGCGGACCUGGCGGGCACGGAUCAUGGAUCCUAUGCUUUGGCUCGAACUGUACAAGAAUCAAGGCUGGAGAUACGACCACAAGGAGGUCAGGGCAUUCGAGAAUGCACACAAUUCCCUAGUCAGACAAGAACUCAAGAAGGCCCGAGGACGACUUCAUGGCCAGCCUUCCCUUAAGAAGCGUGCUACCUCGGACUGGCUGGAAUCACGACCACGCAAGGUUUCGGCCGACGUAUCCUCGUGGCGUGAACAGCAUGGUGUGGUCGAGGCGGACACGGAUUUCAGAUCAGAGUCUGAGGACCAAGAAAUGCAAGAUGCGCCAAACAGCAUCCAGAAUUCCCCUCAGAGGCCGAACAAGAGAUCAAGCCAGGAGUCCGAUGACGAGAUGGAUUACAACCCCAGCAACAUGGAUGUCAAGAAUGAAGACAGCAAUGCUGUUGAUGCCCCGGAGCCUCCGAUCAAGUCGAGCUUGAUCGUCACUGAUUCCAGUGGUGGAGAGAAGCUGAACUGGCUUCAUCUGUAUAUGCAACGCCAGAAGCUGGAGUCCAACUGGUCCAAGGGGCUUUAUGCAACCUUUGAAUUACCACACCCGGACCACCCGAAUGAAGCUCACACCGAAUGUGUCUACACCAUCCAAUUCUUCGGCAGAUGGCUUGUUAGUGGCAGUCGAGACAAGACGCUUCGUAUAUGGGAUCUUGAGACUAGACGACUCCGGGGCAAGCCUCUUGUUGGCCACUCUCAAUCAGUGUUGUGCCUUCAAUUUGAUCCCACAGAGAGCGAGGACGUCGUCAUAUCUGGCAGCAGCGAUGCCAGCGUCUUGAUAUGGCGUUUCUCCACUGGUCAAAAAAUCCAUGAAAUCCCGUCCGCCCACGAAGAAUCCGUGCUCAAUCUCAGAUUUGACAAACGAUACCUGGUAACAUGUUCCAAAGACCGGCGAAUCAAGAUAUGGAACCGUCGGCAUUUGACUGCGACGGACGAGGACUAUCCAAAGAUCGAUCGUGCUAGCUCGGCUCGCGUGCCUUCUUACAUCGUCAAUACGGUGGACAUGGAGCCUUCUCUCCUAGAGACAAGACUGGCCAACGGCACCAUCCGGGCUUUGAAACCGUACAUGCUUUUGCUGACCCUGGAAGGGCAUAAUGCCGCGGUUAAUGCUAUUCAGAUCAACGGAGAUUUGAUCGUGUCUGCCUCUGGCGAUAGGCUUAUCAAGGUAUGGAGCGCGAAAAGUGGCAAGCUUUUGCGAACACUCCAGGGGCAUCAGAAAGGUAUCGCUUGCGUCCAAUUCGACAGCAAGCGUAUCGUCAGUGGCAGUAGUGACAACACUGUUCGGAUAUACGAUCCCUACACAGGCGCGGAAGUUGCAGAACUGAAGGGCCACCGCAAUUUGGUACGCACCAUUCAAGCUGGGUUCGGUGACUUGCCUGGAAGUGAAGAGGAUGAUAACUUGCUAGCAAGAGAAGCCGAGCGGAAGUAUCUUGACAACCUUGCUAAUGGCAGGGUCGUCGAAGACAGGCAGUACAGCCGCGAAAUCAGGAAUGGUGAACACGGAAGCUCCCGACUCGCUCUGGGGGCCAAAUUGCCGCCUGGCGGAGGCGGUAGUAAAUGGGGACGAAUUGUGUCCGGCAGCUACGACCAGACUAUCAUCAUCUGGAGGAAGAAUACCGAGGGACAUUGGGUAAUCGGUAAACAGCUGUUCCAGCAUCCAUUCGCCCAUGGGCCUGGGAGCGCGAGACCACGAGCACAGCCUCAAUCCCAACCUCAACCAGUGAAUGCAAACAACCCUCCGGCCCCGCCUGUUCAACCUCCAAAUGCUCCGGCUCAGGCGUCGACGCCCCAAGUCCGGUCCGCUCCCGCCAACCUUGGCCCCGGAGGGUCUGCUCACCCUGCAGCCAUGUCCGCCUCGCAAAUAGUGCAACAAGCUGUCGGGACUUCGUUUGCCAGUCUGGGGGCCGGUCUGUCGAACGUUAUCGGCGUUGGAAGACUUUUGAACCCUCCGAUUAGUGGUCCACGAACGGGAACAAACCACAGCUCCAGCUUUACAGCCAACGCGAGCAUCAACGGCACUCCACAAGCCAUUGCCACUGCUGCGGGUACCCAUACGCAAGCUAUCGUGUCGCAGGCUGUUCAACAAGCGCUAAACCAAGCAGUACAAAACAGAUCUUCUUCACAUGGGCAGACCGGAUCGCAAAGUCAAGCGUCGCGUCCAAGUGAUCAUGUCACGAAUGCUUCCACUCCCACAUUGAAUGGUGUCAACAAUCACAAUCAACAGCAGCCAACAGCUCCUGCCAACCUCCCGCAUCCUAUCCAACAAGCAGCAAUGACACUACAGCAGCAUCAACAGGGGCCACCUGCACCCGCACCAGCUACAGGCCAAGGUCAACAAGCUGACCAGCAGCAUUCUUCGGUUUCCCGCGUAUUCAAGCUCCAAUUCGAUGCCCGGCGAAUAGUGUGUUGCUCACAAGAUAGUAGGAUUGUGGGCUGGGAUUUUGCAAACGGAGAUCGGGAUGUCAUGGAGGCCUCAAAGUUCUUUAUUGGACCGUGAGUUGAUAUUCAAAAGGAGGUGAUCGAAGGCUCGCGGAACAGGCAUCUGAAUGACUUUACGACAGCAUUUUGGACUUGCAUUAGCAUAGCAUUGGCGGGGAUUGGUACCAGCAAUAGCAUUGGAGGCGAGUUUGUACUAGCUUGGGAUCAGAUUUCCAGGCCAACAUGAUCUUUUAGAGGAUGCGAUGUUGAAUGUAAUUGCCGUCACGUUUAUACAAUAAGCAAGACGAUCGUGAAC